AGACUGGCCGCAGCAUCAGUUCGAGCCAUGACGUGACUCUUUUCCACUGCGGUCCGCAACUCAGGGAGCACACGCACUCAACACCCCCCACGCCCCGCUGCUCCUCCUGGCUUCACUUCGGACAACAUGGACUUUCAUAGCUAUUCGCCUCUGCAUCGACAUUAACCGCAAGUACUUACUCUGAGGUAUCAUAUGAGCAACGCGCGUCUUGUCAGUGCCCACCGCACUUUUUGCAACUGCGCCAAUUUCUUUACGCACGAGAACUUGUCCGCGCUUAAUCAGAGGAGAGCGAACCUAACGCAGGUGAGCGCCGGUGGUUUGAUCCUCAGAAGAAGAAGUUAAAAUAUUGUUUUGUGGGGAGAUGAAAACAACACCCGUACACUUAUUUGGACUUCUGGAUUUGGAUGGAGAGCGGUUUAAAUGUAAUCGUGGCUGGUUUGUGGCUGAGGCGGCAGUGCACCAUGGGCAGCCCAGCUCCUCUAGUAGUCGGCUAUACAAUUAGAGACCAACAUGUAAUCUUUGGAAAAUAAACAUUUUCAACAAAUUACUUGUUAAGUAUAUUAGAGACGUUUCUUGGUUUCGGUCAUUUUUGCGCUUCUGAAUAUUCUGGCGACAGACGACGAACCAAAGCAGGUGUGUGUGUGUGCGUGUCGUGUGUGCGUGUGCGUGUGUGUUUGUGUGUGUGUGUCCACCAGCGCAGAGAAGUGAAGAAACAAGAACCGUAUCACGACGGAAUAUAAACACUGUUAUUUAGAAUUGAAAGCUAUUCGCAGUCAAGGCUCUUGUUUUUUUGGAGGACAAUAUAACAAAGUAGCAAGUUUGUCAAAGGAAGCAGAAAGGAGAUGACUGCCAACACUGUUCUCCUGCUCUUCAUUCUCUCUCACACAGGCAGCAGAGCAGAGAAUGCAGAGGAACGGCUGGUGAACUACCUGUUGGGUCCAGAGCGCUACAACAAACUGAUCAGACCUGCUGUCAAUAAGAGCCAACAGGUCACCAUCUCCAUACAGGUGUCUCUGUCGCAGCUCAUCAGUGUAAAUGAGAGAGAACAGAUAAUGACGACCAACUUGUGGCUGUUUCAGGAGUGGAAUGACUACAGGCUCAGAUGGGACCCAGAGAAGUAUGAAGGCAUCAAGAAACUACGAAUACCAUCCAAACACAUCUGGCUUCCUGAUAUAGUGCUAUACAACAAUGCUGAUGGCGUGUAUGAGGUUUCCUUCUAUUGCAAUGCGGUGGUCUCCAACACAGGAGACAUCUUCUGGCUUCCCCCGGCCAUCUACAAGUCGGCCUGCGCCAUCGAGGUGCAGAACUUCCCCUUCGACCAGCAGAACUGCACUCUCAAGUUCCGCUCCUGGACCUACGACCACACAGAAGUUGAUCUGAUCCUCACAAGCGACUUCGCCAGCCGCGAUGACUUUACGCCGAGCGGGGAAUGGGAUAUCGUCUCGCUUCCGGCGCGCAAAAAUGAGGACCCCAAUGACAUCACCUACCUGGAUAUCACCUAUGAUUUUGUGAUCAAGAGGAAGCCGCUGUUUUACACCAUUAACCUGAUCAUCCCCUGUGUGCUGAUCACGUCGCUGGCUAUCCUGGUGUUCUACCUGCCAUCAGAUUGCGGGGAGAAGAUGACGCUGUGCAUCUCUGUGCUGCUGGCUCUCACUGUGUUCCUGCUGCUGAUAUCAAAGAUAGUGCCACCUACUUCUCUCGCAGUGCCACUCAUAGGUAAAUACUUGAUGUUCACCAUGGUGUUGGUCACUUUUUGUAUUGUGACCAGCGUCUGUGUCCUCAAUGUGCAUCACCGCUCCCCGUCCACCCACCACAUGCCCGACUGGGUCAAACGCUUCUUCUUAGUCCGCCUCCCCACCUUCCUCUUCAUGAGGCGUCCAGGAUCUUCCAACAUCCGUGAUAAACUCCGCAGGAAGUAUGCAAACCCGAGUGCCAUCGGGAAAAACAAUUCCCAGAGCAGCACAGACAAGAGGCAGUAUUCAAACAUCAGACUCGGUGGGAUCCAAACAGAUGCCGACUCUUUCUACGUGAAUGAGGACUUGGCAAACAAGUUUUGCUGGAAGGGGGACGACAUCCCAGAUGGGGGUUGUGGGUUUUCAGACUUCCGGAGGCCUUCGGCGGUUCAGUGGGAUGCAGAUGUGGAGGAGGCGGUGGACGGAGUAAGAUACAUCGCCGAACAUAUGAAGACGGAAGAUGACGAUGAAGGGAUCAUAGAAGACUGGAAGUACGUAGCCAUGGUGAUAGACCGUCUGUUCCUGUGGAUCUUCAUCCUGGUGUGUCUGGUGGGAACUCUGGGGCUCUUCAUGCAGCCGCUGUUCCAAAGCUAUAACACACCCACAGCUGAUGACCCAGAGUAUGGAGAUUUCUAAGAUUUGUGUGACAUGAGAUAGAAAACUGCCAAAUAAUUGUCUCCCAUAGAAACUAUAAUUGAGAAGGUGCACCAGAUCUGGCUCUGAUCUGAUACAUACCCAGCCUAAUUAAUGCAGCCAGCUAUAAUGACUGUGUUUGUAACAGUGGACCUAAAAAAAAAAACUCCUCUGCACCACUGUUGAUGUGAAAAAUAAGACAUUAUACUAAGUAUUGGCACACUACAAUUGACCACAUCUUACCCUGUUUUAAACCAAGCUUUAUUGUAACAACGCAAGAACAAUUUGUCCUAUCCAACUUUUCCCUUCAUGAACUCAUUAUUCCAUCAUCUCUCGCUCUGUCUAUCUUCAUGUUCUGCUUCAGAGCAUUGUGCCUCAUCUCCACAAUCCACGUCCCGAGCAAUGUUGUAAUCGUUACCGCUAUGGCUUAUUUUGAAGAAUGUGUAUUCUCCUCUUUCUGUCACUUGUUUGGUUAUUUUUUUAUUUUCUCUCCUUUGUGCGCCAUAUCACUUCACACUUUUAGCAGCACCAGGUUACAUACAGUAUUAAGAAUAAAUGUGACACUGACUGUAUUGAAUAAAAAGCUGUUCCCUCAGUC